AGCCGUUUAUUUGUCUGAAGGAAAGGAAGGGGCGGAGAGGUUGUGGUGGUGGUGGUGGUGAUCAUGGCUGCGUUGCUACAGUGGAGGAAGUUCAGUUUCUUUGAUGUGACGGCAAAUGUUGAUGGUGGGCGGCUGGCUGAAGCUCUCAAGGGAGCAGAGGUCACGUGCACGGCUGGGGGCCGUGGCCAGGUGUACAUUGGGGACUCAUCCGGAUGUGUGCAUGGACUCAAUCGGCAGCUGAAAGUGAGCACAUUUGUGGCACAUGGGCAGCCAGUUCGCUCCAUCACAGCCUUUGACCACACCAGCAUCGUCAUCACCAUUGCUGAUGGCAGCCCUGGAACUCCUUCAGAAGUCAAAGUAUGGUCUCCAGACAAGCAGGAUUCUCAGGGGCAGCCUUUGUGCCUUAGAUCCCUGGCCCCUGAUCCCCGCCCUUCCCCAGCCAACCAGAGACAGUCCCAGGCGUCCCAGCCAGGACUUGGAAGGAAUCAGGUGCCCCGCGUCACAGCACUGGCAGUGCACCCAAACUUGUCCCUCAUGGCUGUGGGCUUCUCUGAUGGCUCCAUCAUGCUGUACAGAGGUGAAGUGAGCAGGGAGCGUGGCAGCAAGCAGAAGGUGUUGCUAACUGUGUCCAGUAGCCUCACAUCCCUCCACCUCCGCCACACCACACGCUCCACACAUCUCUUUGCCACCACUCACACCCACACCUACUGCAUCAACCUCACUGUCCGGGACAAGGAGACCACAGUUGAGCUUGAUGGGCUUGGGUGUGAACCGGGCUGCUCCACAUUGGCAGAUGGCAGACAUGAGCAUCAUUUUCUGGUAGCACGGCCUGAUGCUCUCUACAGCUACACUAGUGACAGUCGAGGGUCAUGCUAUGUAUUUGAGGGAGAGAAGACCUUGGUGGCCUGGUUCCGUGGGUACCUCAUUGUUGCAGCGGCAGACAAGGAGGCCCAGGCUGCCAGAAGUGGCGAACGCAGUAUUACAGUGUAUGACCUGACCAACAAGCUGGUGGCUCUCAGUACAAGGGUGAGAGGCCUGGCUGGUGUGGUGGGGGAGUGGGGAGGCCUGUACCUGGUCACCACUGAACCUUCCCUCAUCCACAUGUCAGAAAAGGACCUUCACAGCAAGUUUCAACUCUUGUUCAAGAAGAAUCAGUUUGAUAUUGCCAUCAGCCUAGCCAAGACUCAAUGCUGUGACCAGGAGGAGGUGGCAGAGAUCUUGAAACAAUAUGGUGACUGGCUGUACAGCAAAGGAAACCAUGCUGCUGCAAUGGACCAGUACCUCAAGACUGUGCCUCACCUGGAACCCUCCUAUGUCAUCAGAAAGUACUUGGACACUCAGCACAUCCACAACCUGACCACCUACCUCCAGGCUCUGCACCGCACAGGCUCAGCCAGUGCAGACCACACCAGCCUUCUCCUGAACUGCUACACACGCCUCAGAGACACUCAGCAGCUCAACGAAUUCAUCAUGAGCAAGGAGGGUGCAGUGGAGUGUGAUGUGGAGCUUGGUGUGCGUGUGUGUCGCAGUGCUGGCUAUUACGACCACGCCCUGGCCCUGGCAGCACGACACGGCCUCCAUCACCACCACUUGGCCAUCCUGAUAGACGACAAAAAGGACUACUCUGCUGCCCUGAGGUACAUGGCCACUCUGGAGCUGGAGGAGGUGAAGGCCAACGUGCUGCGCUAUGGCUCUGUCCUGCUGAACCAUGUCCCAGAUGAGACUACCGAGCUCCUCAUAUCACUCUGCACAGAUUACAAGCCCUCCAACUCACCCAUUGUGAAAGAGGGAUCCCUGGACAGCUACCCAACCCCUGAAGACCCAGUGAGGGCAGACCCUGAGGAAUUUGAGUACCUGCUGGUGGGACACAGUGAACAGGCCAUUACCUUCCUGGAACGGCUGGCAGAUCCUCACAACCCAAGCAGGCAGCUCCUCUCUCCGCGCCUCUACACAACCCUGCUGGCAGAAUACCUCCACCAGUACAGCCUGGCUCCUGAAGGUCAAGACCAGGUGGCACUGGGAGAGAAGGUCCUGGCACUGCUGCGUAACCCGGACACCAAGGUGUGUCGCGACCAGGCACUGCUGCUCUGUGACAAACACAAGUUCCAUGAUGGCAAGCUUCUACUCUGGGAACAAGCUGGCAUGUUUGAGGAGAUGUUGGCUUGGCAUGGGGAGCGUGGGGAAACAGAAGCUGCACUGGGCGUGUGUUCCCGCAAGGCUCAGCAGCAGCCCAUCCUGUGGUGCUCCUUCCUCCGCCAGCUGGCCAGUGCCUCAAGCCCCAGCCCACCAAAUCCCCACCACCUCUCCACUUGCCUCAAUAAUAUUGAAGAGAAAGGCUUGAUGCCGGCACUGGAGGUGAUGGAAGUGCUGGCCUCAUCCCCACACAUCACUCUGGGGCAGGUGCGGGACUAUCUGCUGGGUGUGGUUGCCUCUCAUUCCAGCACACUGGCAGCCGAGGCUUCUCGCAGCCAGCAGUACGCCCAGGAAACGUCCAAGAUGCGUGACACCAUCAGGGACCUGCGGACAGGUGCCACCCAGUUCACUGCCACUAAGUGUAACAUUUGUAACAAUGAACUGGAGCUGCCUUCAGUGCACUUCCUCUGCAGGCAUUCCUUCCAUCAACACUGCUUCGAGAGUUACAGUGAGAGUGAUGCUGACUGUCCCAUGUGCUUGCCAGAGAACAAGAAAAUGCUGGAUAUAAUCAAGGCACAAGAGACACACCGCAGCCAGCACGACCACUUCCAUGAACAGCUGGAGCGUUCCUCAGCCGAUGCCUUCACAGUGGUGGCUGACUAUCUGGGGCGUGGGGUGUUCACUCACUUGCAGUCCCUGUCAGCGCUGUACCCUCGGCUCAACACCACCAAGACAGGUGGGAGAGGUGGAGGAGGAGCAGGAGCAGAUAAAAGGAAUGAGGGGGCUGAUUCUAGUCAAGAGGGAGGUGGAGGCACCAGGCACCACCACACACCACACCAGAACAACACAGCUUCGGUUCCUGAGAUGGAGAGCCGACUCCGUGCAUUGGAGAGAACCCUCCCUGGAACUGCUGGCAUGGGCAGUGAAGGACGUCUCCGGGUGAAGGAAGGAAAGGGUCUUGCUGUGCUGGAAUCUGAAUCUGAGGCUCGCAUACGUCUGGAGGGCAAGUCAGGAUUGUCCAAGGUUAGCUCCAGUAGUGGGUCUGCAAGGCCCAACGACCCCAAUGCAUCCAAACCCCUGACCAGUCCCUCUGAGGCUCAGUUGAGGACUUCUCUGUCAUCUAGCAUUCUUGUUCCUCCUUCUGAGGGUAGAGUGAGGGGUGGUGAGGCCUCCAGGAUGGGUGUAGGAUCAUCCAGUCCUUCCUUGCAUGACCACAUCACACGCUCCCCUCACACCACCAGGUCUGCGGAUAAGCGCACCAUGAAUCAGACAGUGGAGUCCAUCUCCUCAGUUCUCGCCUCCACACAGGUCUCAUCCUCCCCCAAGACCAAGCCAUCAGACAACCCAUUCCAGGAAGAAGACACAACCACUGGAGUGAAUCCUUUUGGAGACUUUGAAACAGAAAAUAUGGAGGGCAACCCAUUUGCUGAUGAUUACGAUGAGUCAAAGAACCCAUUUGCUGCCAACACUCCCAGCACCACAAGUCCAGAUCCCCAAAAUCCAUUUGAAUCGGAUAACUACGACAGCUCACUCAAUCCCUUCGCCGAGUCUUAGCAAGCGUUGGUGACAUAAUUUACUUGUAAAGCUGCUCGGAGAUGCAAUGAAUUACGGAACCUUUACUAUGAUUCUCCUUGAAGGUUGCUGAGAGGGGCUGGUAGUGCAUUGAUAUUUCAUUUAAAGAAAGCAUACAUUUUUCAUUUAAAUAUUGUAGAUCUGUUCCACUGUACAUACCUCUUUAUUGAAAGCAUUGAAGUCAAAUUGAGUUGGCCAGGAAGUAGGGAGUGGGUGUCUUGAAGACCUAGUCAGAAAAAUUUGAAAUAAAUUUAACUUCAUUGUAUUUGCCAAGAUGGCUUGCAUUCCAUCAAUAUUAUAUGUAUUAUAUGUACAUGAGGCAACUUGAGUGAGUAUAACCUGCUGCCAAUUAUCAAUAUCAACAGUAAAUCAAUUCCUGCCCAAUACAUUUUCCUGAGGUACACACAGCAGGCUGUCUCACACAAUGGGGCCUCAUAUAUACUAUUAAAUCCAAGUGUAUAUUAUGUAUAUCUUAAAAAAAAUAAUAAUUGAUUUUCAAAUGCA